CAGUACAUGACAAUACUGCUUAAAAAAUCUUAACAACAAGAACAAGUGCGUAGUCUAUAAAUGUAAAGCUACUCUUAAAGUUUGACAUUUCUGGUAUGGCAACUUCACUUCUAGGGGAAGAGCCCAAGUUUGGAUCUACUCCUUUAGCCAUGCUGGCUGCAACCUGUAACAAAAUCGGCAGCCCGAGUCCUACAUCUGCCAUGAUAUCGGACAGCGCUUCAUUUGGGAAAGGCUUUCAUCCUUGGAAAAGAGGCUCUCCGGGAAGCUGCAGUCUCGGCUCGAGUUUGUCAUCCCGUGGCGGGAGCGGCCUGGCAGAGGCAUUUAACGCAAACGGUUCUCCAGUUUCCAGCGCUUUCUCACUAACCACCAGCAGUGCGUCCGGGAGCCCCUUCGGGAGCGAUUACUCGGCGUUUCAGACUUCUGUAUCUAUCUCAGGUGGAUCUCAGGAGCCAAGCUCACAGCCCGUGUUCAUCUCGAAAGUGCACACCUCCGUGGACAGCCUUCAGGGUAUCUACCCGAGAAUGGGCGUCGCGCACGCGUACGACUCUUGGUUCAAAUCGGGCAUCGCGGCUGGGGACGUGAGCGCGUCGGCCGGCGCGUCGGCUUGGUGGGACGUUGGCACGGGGUGGAUCGACAAUCCACUGGGUGCCAAUAGCCUCCAGACCUCGCUGCAUUCUCCGUUAGGAGGCUACAACUCGGACUACUCAGCAGCACUGGGCCACUCCGCGUUCAGCGCCGCUUCAUCACCGCACCUGCUCGCCGGCGGGCAGCACCUAGUGGACGGGUUCAAGCCCGUAUUGCCGGCCUCGUAUCCAGACUCUAGCACGAGCUCAGUGGCGGGCGCUAGCGGAGCUGUCCUCACCGCAUCACCCGCUGUAACCCUCGCAGGCUCUCCACGCUCGUCUGCGCGACGCUAUGCAGGCAGGGCGACCUGCGACUGCCCAAACUGCCAAGAGGCUGAACGACUCGGACCUGCAGGAGCGAGCCUACGGCGCAAAGGGCUGCACAGUUGUCACAUCCCUGGCUGCGGUAAAGUCUACGGCAAGACGUCUCACCUGAAGGCGCACUUGCGCUGGCACACGGGAGAACGGCCGUUCGUGUGCAACUGGUUGUUUUGCGGCAAGAGGUUCACACGCUCCGAUGAGCUCCAGAGGCACUUGCGCACGCACACCGGAGAGAAGCGUUUCGCCUGCCCCGUGUGUAACAAGCGCUUCAUGCGCAGCGACCACCUAAGCAAACACGUGAAGACGCAUAGCGCCGGCGGCACCGAAAAUUCAACAUCGAACGGCGGCGUGUGCAAAAAGGGUAGCGACACCGACAGCGAACAGAGCGCGCCGGGCAGCCCUGCGUGCCAGUCUCCAGAUAAUCCUGCGCAUUACGGAUCCAGUCCAGACGGCAAGCACGAGCGGCCACAAUUCAAUCAACUAAACAAUCUGAAUUUGUAAAAUACACGGUGAAAUUGCGUCAAGGCUCUGUCAGUCAGACGAACUGUAUCGAUCAAGUACAGAACGUCCGUAACUAAAAACAUUUUUAAAAAUGUUAUCUAAUAUUUUAUCUUAAAGUCUCAGGUGUCUUCAUAAACACAGGCAGGGAGCAGUAACCUACACUGUAAAAGCCUGGAGACCGUGCGUCAAAGAAAUUUCAUUGAAAAACACCCUUCUGUUUACUGUAUAUAUGUGUUGAGGUUUACUAUGAAAUAUCUUGUUUGAUUUAACGAUACUGAGGCACUUUACUCUUCAUAUUUAAAAACGGUUUACUUUAUGGUAAACUGAUCCACCAUCAACUCAGAAAAACAGCACUGAGUGUAUCUGGUAUUUUCAAAACUUUAAAUGGUGUUUGGAUGGAAACAAAAAUCGAUUAAAUGUUGCUUAGUUAUCAGUGAAGGCAUUAAUGGCCUUUAGGACACCUGUGAAAUGUACUCAAGCAGAUUUUUAAAAAAUCAAAUCCCAGUGUGGUUUUGUACUGUAGUUUUUCAUUUCUUUGUGACUCGAAACUGCUCAGAUUUUUUCCCACAGUGCGCCGACAUGUUCAGUUUCUCCUAGGAAAACAAACUGAAAAGCUGUACAUAAAGUGUCUCUCAGUUUUAUUUAUCCAUGAGGUUGAACUGUACUUUGAAGUCACUUUGGAUUUAUAUUUAUGAUUUUAGAAUAGGAUCAUUUCUAUCAGGUUGUUAAUCUUUUUUUUUUAUUUAAUCAUUUUGUUUGUUUAAUUUAAUUGCGCAUGUGUGUUUGUAUUUACUGACGAUUGGU